GGCGCGUACGUGGUCACACGUCACCAAAUUUACGUUAGGAAAUAGCCGGGACCAGAUCGCAGGCACUGCACCGCGCAUAUUGACAAAUUUCCUCCUUCUUCAAUGCCACGAUGGCUGUCGUGGCCUUUCUCUUCCUUCGUUUGAUUCAUGCGUUAUAUUCCAUUGCCGUCUUCGUGUCUUCGUGCUGGCAACGUUUCAAUUUUGUUCCGCCUCUUCCUCUCAAUGCAACGCGUCGUCGUGUACCAAAACACUUGGCCGUGAUUUUCGUUCCAGACCUUGAUGUACAUCCGGACAUUACACAUGUGUGUUUGUUGGAAAGUGUCUAUAGGACGAUAGACUGGUGUCGUGAAUUGGGCAUUGAGAAGGUUACUUUAUAUGACAGUGAAGGGUUACUCCAGGCAUCAGCUACCACCAUUCGUCACCAUAUAGCCCUGUCAUCGCAACCUUGUGAAACUGCUGCCUCCGUGGACCACGAGUAUCCCCCAACACCCCCGCUCUCGGAGCCAGAUUCCCGGCCAGUCUCUCCAGAACAUAUUCCAGAAGUGAAUCCAUACACGGUCAUUUCUCUUCCAAGGUCUUGUGUUGCUGCGGAUGGACGACGGAGACCUUCAGCUACGCGAAAUUCACAUGGACCAAUGAUAUUGUACCUCGUCUCCUCCUCCUCAUCUAAACCCGCGAUCGCUGCGGCUGCGCGUUCCAUUUGCAAAUUAGAGCUCUCUUAUUCAAAAAUAUCUACCGACAAAUUUAAACUUUCGGUUGAGGAAUUAGGUCAGAGACUCGAGGGAAAAGACGGAGUUCCUCCACCUGAUUUCAUGAUCGUGCACCCGAUGUCUCCAUCCAAGUAUAACCGUACACCACCAGAACUACACGGGUUUCCUCCUUGGCAAACAAGACUUACUGAAAUAUACCAUAAUCGACACAUAAAACGGCACGCGGCUUGGAUAACUUGGGUCCUCCCUCAGAGAUUCUACUCUGCCAGAUGGCCCGUCCCACUAACGGAGAUGGAGUUUAGAGAGGCCCUUGACGAGUACGCAGGUGCCGAGAUGCGCUUUGGGAAGUAGCUGUGUGUGUAGAAGUUGUUCUAAUAAUGUUGGACAUUUAUACAAGUUAGAAUACAUAUCUGUGAGUGUUUUGGUGGAGGUGACUCGCGAUGCAUGAGCUGACGCGUAUAGCUAGGUUUAUGUAUACUUGACCUUAAUCCCAUUUCGUUUCACCUAUUCCUAAAGGUGAAGCUGUGUU